UCAACAAACAUUCACUUAAGAAAAUAAACCCACAAAAUUUUCAUAAUUCCCUCUUCAACCUUGUAUCUAACAUUCAAAAACACAAACAACACAUUCAAGCAUGUUUGCUAAGAAAGUUACUAACGUUAACCCCUUUGCAAAGAAACGUUCCCAACAUGGCGUUGUUUCUUCAACACCAAACGUAAACACAAAGAAGCUAUGGAGGCUUCCACAUGUCUUCGCCAAAAUGCUCGAGCUUCCUUUUCCUUCAGACGCCGACGUUUCAAUCGAAGAAACUUCACAGUUUUUUCGAUUCGUGGCGUCGUGUAAUAAGAUGAAUAUAUUUAACGCUGGUGGUGUACGUGCUCAUGCAAUCGAGAUUUUACCAGGGAUAACUAAAAUUGUGAUUAAGAGAAUCGAUGGUGGUGAUGUUGCGGUGGUUGGUCAGCAGGAGAGAAGGUCUUCUCUUGGUGUUGAUUUGUGGAGGUUUCGACUUCCUCCGUGGACGCAGCCAGAGAGGGUGACGGCGGUUUGUACCGGUGGGAAGCUUGUAGUGACGGUGCCAAAGAUCAAAGGGAACUAAUAUUCGAUCUUAUGAAUAUAUAUAUGUACACCUUACACCGUGGUAGAUAUCUCACUUUAGAGGCCAAAUUCAUCACAUGACUCACAUAUAUGAAUUUAUGACAUGUAUAUGUGUAUAAAUAUAUGGCUUCUUUUUUCCUUCUAAAUAAAACAAGGAUUCCGUCAUGUAAAUGCAACUCAUUCAAUUAAUGUAGAGAUAUUCGAUAC